ACCGCCUGCAGAAGGUUGACCGCGUGGUAGGGGGCCCAGAGCAAGCCGAAGGCAAGCACGAUGGUGCUCACCAGCCGGCCCACGCGCGCCCCGUGCCGCCCGGAGCCCCAGCGGGCGCCCCGCAGCCGCGCCAGCGUCACACUGUAGCAGCCGAGCAUCAGCCCGAAAGGAAGCACGAAGGCGGUCAGAGUCUCCAGGCUCAGGCCAGGCAGGGGGGCCAGAGUCCAGGCUUGACUCAUUCCCACCUCAUCCUGGGCUGAGAUAUCAGGUUUGUAACAGAAAACACCACUGAAGCCCCAGCAUAGCAGAGAGCCACUCAGCCCAGAAGUUCCAGGGAAGAAGGAACUCUCCGGUCCACCAUGGAGUAUCUCUCAGCUCUGAACCCCAGUGACCUGCUCAGGUCAGUAUCUAGUAUAAGCUCGGAGUUUGGACGGAGGGUCUGGACCUCAGCUCCACCACCCCAGCGACCUUUCCGUGUCUGUGAUCACAAGCGGACCAUACGGAAAGGCCUGACAGCUGCCACCCGCCAGGAACUGCUAGCCAAAGCAUUGGAGACCCUACUGCUGAAUGGAGUGCUAACCCUGGUGCUAGAGGAGGAUGGAACUGCAGUGGACAGUGAGGACUUCUUCCAGCUGCUGGAGGAUGACACGUGCCUGAUGGUGCUGGAGUCUGGUCAGAGCUGGAGUCCCAUCAGGAGUGGAGUGCUAUCAUACGGCCUGGGCCGGGAGAGGCCCAAGCACAGCAAGGACAUUGCCCGCAUCACCUUUGACGUAUACAAGCAAAACCCUCGAGACCUCUUUGGCAGCCUGAACGUCAAAGCCACAUUCUACGGGCUCUACUCUAUGAGCUGUGACUUUCAAGGACUUGGCCCAAAGAAAGUACUCAGGGAGCUCCUUCGUUGGACCUCCACACUGCUGCAAGGCCUGGGCCAUAUGUUGCUGGGAAUUUCCUCCACCCUUCGCCAUGUAGUAGAAGGGGCUGAGAAGUGGCAGCAGAAGGGCCGCCUCCAUUCCUACUAAGAAGGGCCUCUAAGCUUCUGUCCGCAGACCCAUUCCAAGAGACACACUGCAAACACUGUGACAGCAUCAAGUUUCAGGAGCUGAAGACUGUACAGGCUAGAUAACUUACCCAGUUUCCCCACUGUCCUCUGACCCCCUCAUGACAGAACCUUUCAGCAUAAUGCCUCACAUCCCAAGUCUAUACCCUUACCUGAAGAAUGCUGUCCCUUCCUAGCCACCUUUCUGCCUCCCACUUGCCCUGAAAGGUCACAAACCUAUCCCCAGGCAUCUUGAUCUGAGCUUGUUUGCUGCUACAUCUAAUCUCCUACCAAGGCCUCCUGUCCUUAAACUCCCCAGCAUACUGAUGACAGCCCUCUCUGACUUUACCCUGAGAUCUGUCUUCAUACCCUUCCCCCAAAAAUAACAGAAACAUUUCCAAUAAAAAUAUAAAAUAUUUACUACUAA